UCCUUCCCGCGGGCCCCGCGCCCGCGAUGCCGGGUUAAAUGCAGCGGCCGCUGCCCCAGCCCCACUCAGUCCAGGACAGGCCAGCGGCUGGAGCGGGGUCCCCGGGCGCAGCACCCACCUGUACCAGCAGCACGGGGGUGUCCUCCGCCCGCCUUCCGCUCGGCUCCGCAGCCGCCCCUCCGCGCUCUCCAGCCGGCCGAGGAGCUGCCCACUCCAAGUGGCCCUGCCUCCUGCUGCAGCCAGAAGGGAACAACUAGACUUGAACCUUCUAACCUCCAGAGGCUGCAUUCUCUUGGAGCUGAAUGAUGAAGCUGCUACUUGCCGUUCCUCUCCUCCCGCUCAUCUUAACGGCCUUAGAAGCCAGACCAAAGCCUGCAGCGGUGAAAUGUAAGACUGGCCCCCUGGACAUUGUGUUUGUGAUCGACAGCUCGCGCAGCGUGCGCCCCUUCGAGUUCGAGACCAUGCGGCGCUUCCUGAUCGACAUCAUCCAGAACCUGGAGGUGGGGCCCAACGCCACACGGGUGGGGGUGAUCCAGUACUCCAGCCAGGUGCAGAACAUCUUCUCCCUCAAGACCUUCUUCAAGCGGGCUGACAUGGAGAAGGCCAUCAACAGCAUUGUGCCACUGGCCCAGGGCACCAUGACGGGGCUAGCCAUCCAGUAUGCCAUGAACCUGGCUUUCACCGUCCAGGAGGGAGCACGCCCACUGCACAAGAAGAUCCCCCGUGUGGCCGUCAUCGUGACGGAUGGGCGGCCGCAGGACCGUGUGACGGAGGUGGCAGCACAGGCACGGAGUGCUGGCAUUGAGAUCUACGCCGUGGGCGUCCAGCGGGCAGACAUGAACUCCUUGCGGGCCAUGGCCUCCCACCCCCUGGAGGAGCACAUCUUCCUGGUGGAGUCUUUCGAUCUCAUCCAGCAGUUCGGCAAACAGUUCCAGGACAAGCUGUGUGGUGUGGAUAUGUGCACAGAGAUGGACCAUGGCUGCCAGCACACCUGUGUCAGUGUCCCAGGCUCCUUCUAUUGUGAAUGUAACCCUGGAUACAAGCUCAACACAGAUGGAAAGACAUGUUCCCCCAUUGAUGCCUGCGCUGAUGGGAAGCAUGGCUGUGAGCACCAGUGUGUCAGCUCUCGUGGGUCCUACACCUGCCGCUGCCGGACGGGUUACGAUCUCAACCAGGACAAAAAGACCUGUACCAUGAUUAAUUACUGCAGCUUUGGAAACCACAGCUGCCAGCACAAGUGCGUGAGCAUCCCGAACGGAUACUAUUGCCGCUGUAACGACGGCUUCACUCUGCAGGCCGACGGCAAGGCGUGCCAGGCCAGUGACAUUUGCAAUGGGAUAGAUCACGGCUGUGAGUUUAAAUGUGUCAGCACCCCUGGCUCUUACCACUGCGUUUGCCCAGAGGGACAGCAGCUCCAUGCGGAUGGAAAGACAUGCAAUAGGUGCAAGAGCGGCCAUGUUGACCUGGUGCUGGUGAUUGACGGCUCCAAGAGUGUCCGGCCUCAGAACUUUGAGCUGGUGAAGCAGUUUGUGAACCAGAUUGUGGAUUUCCUGGAUGUGUCGCCCCACGGCACACGGGUGGGGCUGGUCCAGUACUCCAGCCGUGUGCGUACCGAGUUCCCACUCAACCAGUACAAGACGGCAGAAGACAUCAAGAAGGCGGUGUUGAAGGUGGAGUAUAUGGAGAAGGGCACCAUGACCGGCCUGGCCCUCAAGCACAUGCUAGAGCACAGCUUCUCAGAGGCCGAAGGUGCCAGGCCCCUCUCCCAGAACAUUCCCAGAAUUGGGCUGGUCUUCACCGAUGGGCGCUCGCAGGACGAUAUCUCUGAAUGGGCCAGGAAAGCAAAGGAAUCAGGGAUCACCAUGUUCGCGGUUGGGGUUGGAAAAGCUGUUGAAGAGGAGCUGAGAGAAAUUGCCUCUGAGCCGGUGGAACAGCAUUUCUCAUACUCCGCGGACUUUAGCACCAUGACUCAUAUAGUCGACAACCUCAAAGUUAACAUCUGCCCAGAGGAGGGCAAAGGGGAGAUUGAGAUCCGGAGCCCGUGUGAGUGUGAGGCCCUUGUGCAGUUCCAGUCAAACACCGUGGGCAUCCUGGAAAACCUGACAGAGAAACUCGCUCAGAUGACGGCCCGACUCGAAGACUUGGAAAACCAGAUCGCCAACAAGAAAUGAUCCCUGCAGAUGGCCAGGUGGCACUUGGACUCGGGGGGUGGAAACGUACCGUAGCUACACGUCAUUGUUAUUCCUAGAGUAUUGUAAAGGGUCGUUGUUUGUUCUUAUAUUGCAAAAUUCAGACGGGGACUCAGAGGGUAAAAAAAGCCCUGUUCCGAAAAUGAGUGGAGUCAGCCUUCGAGGCUGUUCCAUUCCUCUGGACUAACGGGGUCGUGCCGAGGUGUGACGAAUGGGGUCAGUUUGGACCUUCAGAAAGGAGAUAGGCAUUGGGACAAUCAGCAUCUUCUAACCCACCUGCCAUUAAUUGACAGUAGCUGGCCACUGGUUUCUCCAAUGAGGCCCAUGUGCACAGCUGAGAGCUUCCAUUAGGCAGCAAGAUGCUUUGCGGAGCAGGUGAGUCCAUCCUGAAUGCUACAAGUAGCUCAGCUCUUGCUCAGCUGUAACUAGACUCUGUGUAGGUGGGGGAAGGAACUAUGGCAACUUCCAAUAUACUUUCUACCCCGGACCCCAUGUGAGAAACUCCCUCGGCUGCCCUGCUAAUCCUGACUGUGAAAUGAGAGCACCUGCAGCAACCUCUUUGUCUCUGAAGUUUUUUGCUUUAAUUGCACAAGAAUUUAAAUGUAAUAUUUGAUUUCACGUAGAGGGGGAGGGGAAAAAAGGCCAGAACAAAUCAUCAGACAGAAAAGAGGAUCAAACACAACUGGGACAUUCCUCAUCAAACCCCCUUUCACCCUGAUUUUGGCAGAAUUGUUGCAGAAUUUGUCAUAAUGUUUUUUUUACCAAAUAGGAAAAAAAUCUAUAAAUAUAUGUGUAUAUAUCUUUAAUUCUGAAAGCAGGAUAGUACUAUUUUUAAACACCUUUAUACAUAUAUAUCCUGACAAUAAACACGCUGAAGAUUUUUAUGACAUUUCUCUCUCCUCUUCACUGGGAACCUUGGAAAAUGAAGUCUACACAGGCAUCUCUGCAUCAAGUCACAUUCAGUUCAUGUGACUCCAGCUUUCACAAAGCCAGGACAACCGGCUCCUAGCCAACCAGUCAUUGGGCCAUUAUUACUCCUGUCCCAGGAGAAAGACCUGGCAGGUGUAAAAUCUCUGCUUUAAAGGUUACACGUGAUGUGUUGCAGAAAGUACCUCAAAUGAUGGCAGCUCUAUUUGAUGGGAAAUCACUAUGGGAUUGUGACAGUGCCAUUAUCCCUGACUCCUUUCUUUUUGCUGCCUGUCCCCUCCUUGAAAUGGACUCCUCCGUCCGUUAAUAUUGCAUAAUGGAUCCAGGCCCUCAAGGACAGCUCAUCACCCGUAUUAUAUGUCACUGGAGUUAGCUAGUAUAAAUCAGCCAAGUCAAUGGAGCUAUGCCAGUUGAUCCCCCCACUCAAACCUUGGCCAUGGGCUCUUAACUCUGGGCCCAAUGAAUAAUAAUUGGGGUGCAGCCUUGCAAGCUGACCCAGUGGAAAAGUGCCGCUGCAAAGUGUGUGCAGGAAUGCACCACAGAUGUAACAGCAUUAAAGGUUUUCUUCCUUA